AGCCGUAGCCGGCACAGCUGGGUGAUUGGUUAGUCCAAGAACGGCUUUGAGCGAGGUGGAACGAAGAGCUGGCAGGACUUGGCGGCUACAGUCGGGACUAGAGAGCCGCCGGCAAGGCGAGAAGCUGGGCUGUAUACAAACACUCAAUGUUUACAACUGUUUAAUCCUCCAGGAUGGCUAUGGAACAUUUGGCCCCCAGCAAACCAAGGUCAUUAGGUUACAAUACUCUACCUUGUACUAGAUACUCUACUGGAAUAAACACCUGUCUAGAGUGAUGUUUGAACAAGCUGGGUCAACUAUGGAAUCAUUGCUUUGGUCGAGUAAACCUUAUGGUCCAAACAGAAGUAUUGUAAGGAAAAUUGGUACCAAUCUCUCUCUGAUACAGUGCCCAAGGGUUCAGUUUCAGCCUUAGCUAUUCUGUCACAGGAUCUGCCACUUGUUUACUUGAACCUGCUCUUACUUCUCAGUCUGCAGCAGGCAGUCAUUCUAACCAAUUGGGAGAAGAUGGAGUAGUUUCCCUUGCAGAUGUUGGAUGGAUUGCUGAAGAAGAAGCAGAAGGUGAGGUGUGUACACGGCUCAGGUAUGUUUCUCAAGGUUUUUCCACUGUAUUUAUUUAAAUCAAGAUGAGUCAUGGGAGGAAGCAGUGUCUUAAACUAAUCACAUAUUCAACUAACUGGCAAGUAUUGCUGUUGAGCGAAUAAAGUGCCUACUGAAAGAAUAGGGAAUGAACAGUUCAAAGGUAGAUGCUUGCAGUACUUGUAUAUCUGGUGUGGUAAGCUUCACCGAGGUAGCAGGGAUGACACCUUCCAUUCUGGGUCCAGAUUGUAUCCCUCUGACAGUGAUCUUUACUCCUUGGGGGUGGUGGGGAAACAGUCUUACAGAACCAGCACACCCAGGCCAGGGUAGAUUCUCAGGUCACCUUGCCCUCUGGCACUUCUCUCACCUGGAAGACUGGGUCUUCAUCUCAAAUCAGGUAGUGCUAUUUCCAGUGCUCUUACAUAAAUUCAAGCAAGGAGGCACUUACACCAAGGCUUUCCAUGAUGAGACCAUGAAGCCAUUCUGUCAGGCCUAGAAGGUUCUUGGGUGGACAGGUUGUCUCAUCAGGGUGGUUUUAGUACUCCAGCCCUCCAGGUGGGAGCUCACCAGCAGAACUUACAACUAGAAAAGAGCUUCAGAGCUAUAUUUAAUAUUUCUCUAAGCUUGGAAUGAAGUAGCAGUUUCAGUUCAUGAAAGGCUUGUCAAGAAGUGGUAUUUAAAUAUCUUUCUGAAUAUCUUCUUAAGAUAAAUAGCAUUUAGUUCAGCUGUAAAGCCUAGCAAUGCCAAAGGACAACAAAAGCACAUUCAUCACAGCAUGAGGAACAAAAUACAAUUUUAAUGAAGUUCACAAAAGCGUCUUCAAACUUUAUUGGCAUAAUCCUGAAUCUAAAACCACUCAGUUUAGCUUUUAUGCUCUUUUAAAGGUGCUAUUUAACAGUUGUAAAGGUCUCUUUACCUAACAGUUUGCAGAAUCAACCAUAAUAUUGCUUUGUCUCAGCUUGUUUAAUAAUGGGGUUUAUGCUAGUAAGCAAUACUUUGUUUCUUGAUUAUAGAUCUGGGUUUUGGCCAAAAUCCCAACAAUUCUCUAGAGGUGAAGGCUGCUCAGGAAAAAACGCAAAUAUUCAAGGACUCUUGCCAGAACAGUCACAAGGAAAGGAAGACUGCAAGACUGCAGUGGCUUCAAAUGAUGAAGCUCUGAAGAAAAUCAAUGCAUUAGAAAAUGAGCUUGCCAGUUUAAGAGCACAAAUCGCUAAGAUUGUAAGCUUGCAGGAACAGCAAAAUUUGACAGCAGCUGGAAUAAGUUCUGCUACAUCAGCUUCUAUCCCACCGCCGCCACCACCACCACCACCACCUCCACUUCCACUCCAGCAGAGUGCCUCUGCCAUUGACCUAAUUAAAGAACGUAAAGGAAAAAGAAUAAAAUCUGGACAGACUUUGAUAGAUGAUCCAAAGAAGCCUGAAAUGCCAAAUAUGCUAGAUAUCCUCAAAGAUAUGAACAGUGUCAAGCUGCGGUCAGUGAAAAGACCAGAUGAAAGCACAAGAAGAAAAACAGCUGACCCAAUAGAUCCUGCAGCCUUGAUAGCUGAAGCUCUUAAGAAAAAAUUUGCCUAUCGAUAUCGGAAUGAUGGCCCAAGUGAAACUGAAAAACAGAGCUCAGCAUCUGAAACAAGGCUGUUUGGGCCACACAUGCUGAAGACUACAGGAAAAAUGAAGACUCUAAUUGAAAACACUUAAGCAGAAAAAGGACUCUACGAAGGACUCUUUCAAGUACCGUUUUGAGAACUAAGUCUGUUUUUGUUUUUAUUUGUUUUCGUUUGUUUUUGUUUUGUUUUGGAUCAAGGGGUCUGAAUUCAAUUGUGUCUCUAACUUCCACUAGUGAUAAUUCCAAGAAAAAAACUUUGGUAAAGCAAUUUUUUACAGAAACAUCCAUAACGGUAUGGAAUUAUUAACAACAGUAAUUUAUCUCUACAGAUAGUCUACAACAGCCUUAAAAAAACUUGUUUGUAAAAAGUUACAGUAAUUAACUCACUGUAGCUCAGGUGUAAUAACUGCAAUAAUAUUUUAUAUAUUUCAUUUUAGCUUCUUGGCCGUCUCAUUCUGAACAAUUCCUAUGUUUGUACUAUAUUCUCAGCAUCUUUAAUUGAAGUUUACAGGGCCAACCUAAACAUUUUGCUAACUUUAGUGUAAAUGUUUGCAGCCCCAAUUCUGAUAGGCACCAUGAGCCACAAUUUGGGGUGUGACCAUGGCAGUGCAGGAGGGAGAGAUUUAAGGUUCCCCCUCCCAUUUUUGGCCCAAUCCUCCCCACAGAAGUGGGGGAAGGAAUCCCCAUGGCCUCUUUUUUUAACUUCUACCCCCAGGCAGGGAUGGAAUUUCAGGCAAAAAUGGGAGGAAGAAAGUGUAAAUUCCCUCUCCCAAAUCUCUGUGGCCAGAUUGGAGCUAUGCAGUUACAUUCAAGUCAGCAGAGCUAUGCAUAAUUAGCAGAACAUUCAGUAUUGCUCACAGACUUCACUGAAGCUCCCCAGCCUCUGAUCAUAUGCUAUGAAGGAGACAAGCUUCAAAACCUUAUUACUCAGCAAAAGAGACUUCAGAACGUCAUAUGCCUUGUAUAACAAACUUUCAGUAAAGGAUCCCUGUUCUGUCUUCAACACACAUGCUACAGUGGCAUAUUUAUAGGCAACACACUAACCAAAGUUCAAACUCUAUUUUUGUACAAAACUAUGUUUUGUAUUAUUGAUUGUCUUGCAGAAGAAUAGUACUUAACAGAAGAUCUGGAAUACUGCAUAUUGUAAUUAACAAAUUUUGGAAACUACAUCAGGUGACAUAAGCUACCAGUAAAGUAUAUGUUUAGCUUUGCAGGUUUGAUACCAGACCUGAAAAAUCAAGAUAGCAGCACCCAAUUGACUUUUUCUCUAAUUUGUACUAGGUGCUUGCCAUCUCUAGUGUCUGUACCAGUAGCUUAACUACUACUGGUUUCAACCUGCUUACUAGUAUUUACAGCAGUUUAAUGCAGAGCUGAACAAUGCUCAUUUUCAGAAGUACUUUCUAAAUGUAACCUAACCUAAGGCCUCUCAGUUGGAACUUUUUAGCGUUUUGUGAGAGCUUGUUUUAGGAAACUGUUACUUGAAUGACUCAUAGUAAUCUGGUAAAAUAGGUUGCUAAUGUUACAAAUUUAAUUUAUGCUUUAUGUGCUGUAUUCAUUUUUCAUUUUAAGGUGUUAUAAUAAACUUAGUUGAUGGUCUUUUUUUAAUCUGACCAAAAAUUCUCCAAGAUGUUUGAAGUCCUCUUCCAAAGUCAUUAGUAUUUAAUCCUACACCACCAAUACAAAAUUGAAAUAAGAACUGA